AUGUUACCCCAUGACUACGCGGACCGUCAGUCAGAAUCCGUAGCGGAUGGGGUGACCGCGAUGAAGCUGGAGCCCGACAGUGCCACCGAUGCUCCCACCUCGAAUGGCGGAGGCGCCGUGAUCAAGGAUGACCCCGAGAGGGCGUCCCAUUCACCACCCACGAUCGACCAGAACAAUGGGCCAACUGCGUUCGCCGUCAAAUCGCGAUCUUCCUCUCGCACUCCGAUCAAAAAAUAUGAGCAAUCUGAUGAACACGAACAAAGCCUCGAUGCUUCUGCCAUGGAGGAGAGAAUCGGGGGCGAUAUCACCGUCAAAUUGGAGCCCGGACAGCCUCCCAAGUUGACUCGCAGCUCGUCCCAGAAGGUUGUCCCGCGCCCGCCGCAGUUGUUCUCGCAUUUGCCGGAUAGCACCGCAGAAGCUCGGUCGACUUUUGAGUUGAUGGAAACUUGCACGUAUGCAAACAAAUAUAUGGGUUAUACGGAACAUGCGAUGGAAUGCGAUUGUGCUGAAGAAUGGGACUCAUCUAUCGGUCAAAAUUUGGCAUGUGGAGAGGACUCGGACUGUAUCAAUCGCGCAACCAAGAUCGAGUGCAUGGGAGAUUGUGGAUGUGGCCCGGAAUGUCAAAACCAGCGAUUUCAGCGCAGAGAGUACGCCCCUGUUGCUGUCAUCAAGACGGAGAAAAAAGGGUUUGGCCUGCGUGCCGAGGCGGACCUGCGACCGCAUCAGUUCAUCUUCGAGUAUGUGGGUGAAGUGAUCAACGAAGGCCCAUUUCGACGGCGUAUGAGACAGUACGACGAGGAGGGCAUUAAACACUUCUAUUUCAUGUCUCUGAGCAAGGGCGAAUUCGUCGACGCGACUAAAAAGGGUAACCUGGGCCGUUUUUGUAAUCACUCGUGCAAUCCCAACUGUUAUGUCGACAAGUGGGUCGUUGGAGAGAAGCUUCGCAUGGGCAUUUUCGCGGAACGGAGCAUUCAGGCGGGCGAGGAACUCGUCUUCAACUACAAUGUCGACCGCUACGGCGCUGACCCGCAACCCUGUUAUUGUGGCGAACCAAAUUGCACGGGCUUCAUCGGCGGGAGGACACAGACGGAACGUGCAACCAAAUUGUCGAAUGCGACGAUCGAAGCUUUGGGCAUUGACGAUGCGGAUGGAUGGGACACCGCGGUGGCCAAGCGACCACGCAAGAAGAAGAUGGGCGAGGAUGACGAAGAAUACGUGGACAGCGUGCAGCCCAAGUCCUUGGAUGAAAAUGGCGUUACAAAGGUCAUGGCGGCUCUGAUGCAGUGCAAGGAGAAGUGGAUCGCGGUCAAACUUCUGGGUCGCAUUCAACGCUGUGAUGACGAGCGGGUUCGCAAUCGUGUUGUCAAGAUGCACGGCUAUCAAAUUCUCAACUCGCAGCUGGCCAUGUGGAAGGAUGACACCAAUGUCGCGGUGCAGAUUUUGGACAUCCUUGAUGGGUUUCCUCGCUUGACCCGAAACAAAAUCAUCGACUCGAAAAUCGAGUCGACCAUCCAACCACUAACGAGCUGUGGCGAGGAGCGGGUCGAGAAGAAGGCAGCUACGCUUCUGCAGAGCUGGUCGACGCUCGAAAUCGGCUACCGCAUUCCGCGCAUGAAGAGAGAUCCAGCCGCCUUCGCACAUGCUGUCAAUCAGUUCGAGCGACGAGAGACGAACGCUCGUGAUGAGCGGCGACGGUCCAAAUCACGCUCCCGGUCAAGGUCGCGAUCAAUCGAGGCCCCCAGGGGGCCUGCCGCUCAGAAUCGCGGCGGCGCGCGGGCCUCGCACCAUCACGGACCCAGGCCAUUCCGGCGUCAAUUCAACCCGCUCCCUGCAGGUUGGUUUGCCGCCGAAUCGAAUGGACGGACGUAUUACUACUCGGCGCGUGGCGAUACCACCUGGACGCGCCCUACAGUACCGGCACCCCAACCCCCUCCGCCACCCAAAGAAUCGAGAGACAAGGCACUGCAAGAUAUCAUCGAUGGCAUCAUGAAUGCCAAGGAAAACACCCCGAAGGAGAAGACCGGCACACCAGUCACUCCGCAAACAUCCAAACCUACCCCGGAUAAAAAGGAAGGCCAGGAGAAGUGGAAGAACUACAGCGAAGAGAAGCGAAAGAAGCUCUAUGAAAACACGUUAUUCCCUCACGUCAAAUACGUUGUGGACAAGUUCAAGCACAAACUUCCGAAGGACGACCUGAAACGUUAUGCUAAAGAUGUGGCAAAAAAGCUGGUCAAUUCCGAUUUCAAGAACAACCGAGUGGAUGAUCCUACUAAGAUCGACGAAAAACAGCAGAAAAAGGUGAAGAAGUUUUGCAAGGAGUACUUCGACAAAGCCGUGGUGAAACACCGGGCUUACGAGAAGCGGAAAGCGGAAAAGCAUGCGCAAGGAACGGACUCGAAACCAGACGACACGCCCCAAGUCCCCAGUGACGACGAGGCAAUGGGGGAUGUCAAAAUGACCGACGACGAGGGCGAUAACGCCGAGGAGGAGACGCCCGCGAGCGUGGAAGAUCCCCAGGGGGGUCAGAAACGGAAGCGAUCCGGGUCCAACACCGGUGAGGGAAUUCCAGCAGACGAAGCCGCUUCGUCUUCUAAACGACAACGUUCUUCGACGCCUCCUCCCCCUCCGCCACCACCGCCGCCGCCGCCGCCGGAAGAGAGUAAUGAUGACAGCCCUCCCAACGACGGUGAAAACUCGACCGAGCAAACCCAGCCUAAUGGAGAUUACACGCCGGGCCUGAACGAGCUCGAGCGAGCGCAAAUCGGCAUCGAAGGGAGGGUAUAG